AAAAGAGCCUCCCCGCGAUCAGGUCAUACCCGGCAGAACAGCCCUGUCAUCCCGCCCUCUCCCCUCCGGAACCAGGCCAAUGCCAGUGUCUGGCACUUCAUAGCGCCCAUGGCCUCUCCCUCCAGCUUCGUCCAGCUCGCAAAGAGCCUCCCAGAGCCGCUGCAGCGCUUCUUUGCACGCUGGCCGCCCGCGGCGCUCGUCGCACCCGGCACUCCUCCGACGCCGUUCCAGGAGCAACGACCAAAUCCCUUUCGAUUCUACAAACACCCCGUGACUGGGCGGUGGCAGGAUCCCGUCUACUCACAGCGAAGACAGGCGCAGCUGGUCAAGCUUGCGCGGGACCACGGCGUUGAAGAGCUGCUGCCCGAGACGACCAAGGGCACAGAAUACCAGCUGGCUCAUCGUGUUGAGCAUGGUCUGAGAGUCAAGGGUACGGGUGUGGGACAGAAGGUCAAGGGUCACAUCCACGAACGACACAUGAUUGCAAAGAUGGAACAGAGGAGGAAAGCCAUGCUCGAGAUGCCAAGACUCAUCCGGGCCUGGAAAAGUAUUCUCGGCCUCACCCCCACCCUCCUCAACUCCCAGCAUGACCCCUCCACACUCAUAAAGCAGGCCUAUCGCAGGGCCCUCCUCCGUCACCAUCCCGACAAGGCUGCUGCUGCUACUCCAUCGGUCUCACUAUCAGCCUCAUCCCCGUCUCAGCUCUACACCAUAGACCAAAUCACACAAGCCUUCACAAUUCUCUCAUCGCCUCGCCAGCGCAGCACCUACGACGCCAACCUGCGUCUCACCAGAGCCAACGGCGACGGUUCACAAGCUCGUUUUCAGACAGGCAUUGAAAACGUCGACUUAGACGAUUUGCAGUUCGACGAAGGGGAAGAGCGCUGGUAUAGAUCCUGUCGCUGUGGCAAUGAUCGCGGGUAUUCCUUUCAGGAGUCAGAUUUGGAAGAGGUUGAGCACGAGGGGGUGCUCAUGGUUGGCUGUCACGACUGCAGCCUUUGGCUUAAGGUUCACUUUGCCGUUGUAGAUGAAGCAGAUGACAGUCAUUUUUGACCUCAUUGUAUAAUUUGCCACAAAAUUCAUGACAAGGACGAAGCGUGACUAAAGCAAGGCGUUUUUAGGAGUCAAGCAAUCAACAAGUAUAUAUAGAGAUUACUUGGUAAAAAGUAAAAUAAUAUUAAAAAGC